CGAAGUGUUUUGUCUUCUGAAAGUACCUUCUAUUUUAAUUCAAUCUCUGACUUCAAAGGGUUGCCUUGCUACAAGUCUUCGGUCUUCAGGGCGAAGGUUUUUAAGCUGCCACAACGCUGGGGCUGAGCUUUUCAAUAGAGGCUGCCGGUGAUGGCUGACGACAAAGGGGCGAUUGUGAUGGUCAGCAGAGGCAGAGAGCGGGAUCUAGAGCUUCUAAUUCCGACCGCCGGCUCGCCAAAUGACGAUGACUCUUGCAAGCCCUCGUCCUCUUCAGCGUCAUCGCCGCAGACUGGCCGUGAGACAUUUUACAUUGUCUUUAGGAGCUGGGCCUCAAAAAAGUUCAUGACCGGAUGCGUUAUUCUAUUUCCAAUUGCAAUAACUUUCUAUAUAACAUGGUGGUUUAUACACUUUGUGGAUGGAUUCUUUUCUCCUAUCUAUGCUCAACUUGGAAUUGAUAUCUUUGGUCUUGGAUUUGCAACAUCUGUUUCAUUCAUCUUCCUUGUUGGGGUGUUCAUGUCAUCAUGGUUGGGUGCUUCUAUUUUGGCUCUCGGAGAGUGGUUUAUCAAGCGCAUGCCAUUUGUUCGUCAUAUUUACAAUGCUUCUAAGCAGAUUAGUUCUGCUAUUUCACCAGAUCAAAAUUCCAGAGCCUUCAAGGAAGUUGCCAUCAUUAGGCACCCCCGUAUUGGUGAAUAUGCAUUUGGGUUCAUUACUUCAACUGUCACCCUCCAGAAUUAUUCUGGAGAGGAGGAGCUGUGUUGUGUAUAUGUUCCCACCAAUCAUCUUUACAUUGGUGAUGUUUUCCUAGUCAACUCUGAGGAUGUGAUUAGACCAAAUUUAUCAGUUCGGGAAGGAAUCGAAAUCGUUGUGUCUGGAGGCAUGUCAAUGCCACAGAUUCCAUCCAUACUGAAUCCACAUAUUCGACCAAUUGACAGUAGAAGAAUGACUAGAAGCUGAGACUGAAGAUUGUGUCAUUGCAGGCCGCUAAUCCAUAUACGAUCUUGGUGUACCAAUGUAGCUGUCGGAGUAGUUGCUCUGGCUCCUGGGCAUCAAUACCCUUAGACGGUAAACCGUAACUUAUAAUAUAAAUUUAAUUCUGGUUGUUGAAUUUGAUGUCAAUCAUUUGUUGGAUGGGGGUGAGAAUACUUGUUGAUCCAGGAUAGAAAUGGGUGUGCAUUAGAAUUUUUAACUUCAUUCUAAUUCAAUCGAGAAUGUAUAUUUUCUUCUUGAUGAGUUGCGUUAUUCUAUUGCAUCAGAUGUAUAUUUGAGCCUGUACUUAUGUUGCAGCAACA